CAGUGCGCUAGACUCGGUACUGAGGUUGCACACUCUGGCUUGAUGGAGUGAGGAGCGCGGUAGAGCCAGUUACGGAGGACUUUUGUGAAUUUUCAGAUUCGGAACAUGAACUACAUAUCAAAAAGACAUCGGCCCAUAGAUUCAGCUAGACCAGUUCAAUAUUAAAGUGAACAGAGCAAACGGUAAUUUCAGAGGUUUUCAUGCAUACCUUCAUAUAAAGCCAAUGUAAUAUAUCUGUCGUAUUUCAAAACUGUUUCACCGAAGUCCUGGAAUUUGUUGAUUCUCUAUCAAUUUUCCUCACUCUUUCUACCUUCCCUUUCUAUUCAUUACAUUUGAGGCUCCGAAAGCUUCCAUUGCCUCUGCUACAAGGACUGUGGUGAUUUGGAACGGCAUUUGAUAGCUACUGGACUUGAUUCAUCGCGGAGUUUUUGACUCCUCGUCAUGGGGUACAGUGGACAAACUGCUAGAAGUGGAAGAAGAGGAGUCGCGGGAUACUUAUUGAAGAUGAUCACCAUAUUUUUGUUUUUUCUAAUUGCCCUCGUGGAUAUCGGAGCUUCUCAAGUGAGAGAUGAUGAUGACUUCAUGGGAUUGGGUGAUCUGCCAGAGACCUUCCCCUCGGACCCUCCGGAGCCCCUCCCAGUGUUCCUGAUGGAGCCCGAGGAGGCGUACAUCGUCAAGAACAAACCUGUCAAUCUCUACUGCAAGGCCACGCCCGCCACUCAGAUCUACUUCAAAUGCAACAGCGAGUGGGUCCACCAGAAAGAACACACUGUAGAGGAGAGGGUGGACGAGAACUCGGGAUUGGUGGUGCGAGAGGCCAGUAUUGAGAUCACACGGCAGCAAGUAGAGGAGCUGUUUGGACCAGAGGACUUCUGGUGUCAGUGUGUUGCCUGGAGCUCUGCAGGGACCACCAAGAGUCGCAAGGCACACGUCCUCAUCGCGUAUCUCAGGAAGACGUUUGACCAGGAGCCUCUGGGAAAGGAAGUGUCUCUAGAACAGGAAGUGCUUCUUCAAUGCCGCCCCCCAGAAGGAAUCCCUGCUGCUGAGGUGGAGUGGCUGAAGAAUGAGGAGAUCAUAGACCCUGCUGAUGACCGUAACUUCUACAUCACCAUCGACCAUAACCUGAUCAUCAAACAGGCCAGACUGUCCGACACAGCUAACUACACAUGUGUCGCCAAGAACAUCGUCGCUAAGAGACGGAGCACCACGGCAACUGUCAUUGUUUAUGGUAACAAUCAACUCAAACCCAAACAUGGCAGCUGUAACAGCAAACUAAAUCAGAGUACCGUGUCAUAUUUGGUCAUUCUCACCCUAACAUAAAAAUACAAUA